AUGCGGGUGUAUGAGUGUAAAGUCAACGGAGAGAGAGGGCUGGUGGGUGUAAGCCGCAAAUACUUGAAAAUAGUCAGAGACAAGGAAGUAGUGGAGCUGGAUAAGAUAGGAGCAGCAGAAAUACAGAAGGACUCGCUGCUUAUCACGCUGGAGGAUAAAACGAGUCUGGUGGUCAGCGGGUUAGAGAGAGCAGAUCUGGAAAUAGUGCAGGAAACAAUAAAAGGAAAAAGAAUGAUAAGCAAAGAAGAAAUAACAGAGGCAGUGAAGAAGAACAUACAGCUGCAAAAGACGUACAAAAACAUCAACCAAUCAGAACACAAAAUAUUCUACAAGAUAUUUGGAGAGCUGCUUCUAAAAACAGUAAAGAAGGAAGAGAGCACAAAAAUAGAGCAGACCUCCAGCAGCGGAAGAGCCAAGUUUGUUAUUUCGAACAAGAUAACACUCUCUGCGUAUUUUAACAUGAACAUUUCGUUCUUAUCGUUUGUGAACUACUUCUACAGCGGAUAUUUGAUGAUGGGCUCAGAGGAGAACGAAGUAGACACAGAGAUAUUCAGAAUACUCAACAGGCCUGUCUCCUCGAUUGAAAGGGUGAAUGUUCGGUCGAUGAUCCUCCAGGACACAGCAGAAGAAACAGAAGAGAUAAAACAGAAGCCAAAGACAAUAAAGAAAGAGCAUUUAAUAAACCCUGAGCUAGUGCGGCUGCUGAACGAAAAAUUUUUAAAUUCAAAAAACAUCAAAAACACGCCAGAAGCUGCAAAAAAGAUAGAAAGGCCAGUGCUGCACCCGCCCGUGAUAAGAGUGGAGACGGUGCUUCCUCUCCGGAGAAUAGGAGUGCCCAUGGACAUCCUGCGAAGAAUGAAGGAAGUUUCCAAGCUUAUUUACAAAAACAAAAAUCUAUCAGAGGAGAUAAAAGCAGUAUCCAAUAACCUGCAGCAGUCUCUGAAAGAUGAAAUCAGAAGGAAGCUCCCAAUAGAAGAGGGAAACGCCGUUAUGAUGGCAAUUGACAGAAUAAUACCAACCAGAUUUAUACGCGAGCUGAAUAACCAAUCAUCCAAUAAAUAA